CUCCGAAUGUGUGUGUGUGUCUCUGUCAGUGUGUGAGAGCAGGAAAAUGGCAGAGGCUCGUAUUUCAGUAGAUCACUUUUCAGUGGAUCAGUUCAGCUGUUCAGUGUGUCUGGAUCUCCUGAAGGAUCCAGUAACUACUCGCUGUGGUCACAGUUUCUGUAUGGUGUGUAUUAAUGACUGCUGGGAUCAGGAGGAUGAGAAGGGCGUCUACAGCUGUCCUCAGUGCAGAGACACUUUCACUCUGAGGCCAGUUUUAUGCAGAAACAAUAUGCUGGUUGACGUGGUGGAGAAACUGAAGAAGACUGAAGUCCAAGGUGCUUCUCCUGCUCACUGUUACACUGGACCUAGAGAUGUGAGUGCUGUGAUUGAUGUGGAGUGUGAUUACUGCACCGGGAGAAAAUACAAAGCCAUCAAAUCCUGUCUGAUUUGUCUUACCUCCUUUUGUGAAACUCAUCUUAAACCUCAUCUUGAACUUCCUGGUUUAAAAAAUCACACCUUAAUUGAAGCCUCUUCAAGACUCCUAGAGAAGAUUUGCUCUCAACAUGAUGAAGUUCUCAGGAUCUACUGUCGUACUGACCAAAUGUGUAUUUGUUCUUUGUGCAUGUUGGAUAAUCACAAAGGGCAUGAUGCUGUAUUACUAUCAGCAGAGAGAACUGAGAAACAGAGUGAGCUGAAGGAUGAGAAGAUGAAAUCCCAGCAGAGAAUCCAGGAGAAGCAGAAGAAGGUGCAGGAGCUGAAACAGGCUGUGGACAAGAUUAAGUCUCGUGCUCAGACAGCAGUUGAGGACAGUGAGGGGAUCUUCAGUGAGAUGAUUAGCUCCAUGGAGAAAAAGCGCUCUGAAGUGAUAGAGCUGAUCAGAGCUCAGGAGAAGGCUGAACUGAAUCGAGCUGAACAACUCCUGAAGCAACUGGAGCUGGAGAUCACUGAUCUUAAGAGGAGAGUCACUGAGCUGGAGCAGCUUUUACACACACACGAUCGCAUGCAUUUCUUCCAGGGUUUCCGGUCUCUCUGUGUCUCUUCUGAUCAUGAGGAUUCACCCAGCAUCACUGUCCAUCAACAUCUCUUAUUUGAUAGAAUGAGGAAUUCUCUCUCAGAUCUGAAAAAGCGAUUCAAGGAUUUCUGCGAGGAGGAAUUCAACAAAAUCCCUCCACAUGCUGCAGCAGUUCAGAAGAUUUCAGUCUCAGAGCCAAAGAGCAAAGAAGAUUUUCUGAAAUAUUUCUGUUAUAUGACUCUGGAUCCAAACACAGCACAUAAUCAUCUCCAACUGUCUAAGAAGAACAGAGUGGUGACAUGGAGUUUGGAAAAGUCGUCCUCUGACCAUCCAGAUAUAUUUGACUCCUGUUAUCAGGUGUUGUGUAAGGAGAGAGUGUGUGGACGCUGUUACUGGGAGGUGGAGUGGAGUGGUGUUGGAGUUGUGUACAUAUCAGUCUCAUAUAAAGAGAUCAGGAGGAAAGGAGAGGGUAAAGAGUGUGUGUUUGGACAAAACAGUCAGUCCUGGAGUCUGUACUGUUCUCCUCUCUCUCUCUCUUUCUAUCACAACGACAUGGAAACUGAGCUCAAAGUUCCAUCAUCCUCCAGAAUAGGAGUGUAUGUGGAUCACAGUGCAGGAAGUCUGUCCUUCUACAGUGUCUCUGACAAGAUGAGGCUCAUCCACAGUGUCCAAACCACAUUCACUCAGCCUCUAUACGCUGGGUUUAGGGUUGCAGUACGUACAACUGUGAGGUUGUGUGACCCAAAAUAACAGUAGGUAUAAAAUCACUGCUCUUCUUCUCAUUGCUCCUCAAAUGUGAUGAAACUUUAACAUUUAAACAGUAAAUAUUAAAACACUGGGUUUUAACUUGGUUCAUCAGCUUCACUGUUAUACACAAUAAAACAAUAAAAAAGGUGAACACUUUCUUUACCUCUGCUGUGUGUAAAUUAAAGUGUAAUAUAAAGAAUAAAGUGAAUAAUGAAGCAAAUCAGAAUUAUUAGCACAAUUAUUAAGGAUGCUAUGGUCUACAAUACUGAAUACGAAGGAUUAAUUUCCAUUUCUGGCAAUUGUUGCUUUAUUCUUCUGACAUCUGCUGGUCAAACAGCGCUACUGCACACUAUUUUAUGCAUACUAAAUAUUAUAUUUGAAAUACUUUAGUUUCAGGUGUAGGUAGUGUAGGUAAUGUGGAGGUAAAGUGUAGUUAUAUUGGGCUGGGUUGAUCACGUAUUAUUUUUAAUAAGUGCAGUGGAUUAUCUGAAACAUGCAUAUGGAUUGUUGUGCAGGACAUUUUUACUUAUGGUGGGAAAGUGUAUAGUUUAUGUAGUUAUCUUUAUGCUGAUUACUUUGGUUAUAAAUAAUGUAUGUUUAAUUAAGGCUUGGAAAUUACACCUCCAUUGAAAAGUUUCAAACUGUCCUCCAAAUAAACACAAAAUCUUUGUGGAACUUAUAAACUGUGUGCUCUCUGAUUCUCAUGGGACAAUAACUGUGUUAAAGACAGCAGACAUGUAGGAUAAAGCUGUGUACCAUAAAUACAAGGUGUGCUACUAGUGUCUAAUCAAAAUAAUAAAGACUGUUUGACUGAUCCAGUAAAACAAUUUCUUGUACUGUAUUUGUUAUUUCACUAGGCUAAAUUAUACCAUUUGGUUUUAAUUUUCGUAAAAGUGCUGCUGACCAACAAUAAGCAUCUUGCAAAUUGCACAACACAUGAUUGACUUAUCUCAUAAAAAUGCGGUUAUCACAUAUUAGUUAUCACUUAUCCAACUGUUUAUUUUAAUCAAUAAAAUCAAAUUAAAUUCUUAAACGGGGGCUUAAUUUUCAGCAGGGUAGUUUGAGAUGGAGUUUGCAUGUUUUUGUCCUCGCUGGUAUUGAGGGUGUGGGCAUCUCCUGUAGUCGGCCAGUUUGCAUUGUCAGUUCACAGCUCUCUGCAGUGCUCUCCCAUACUUCUCUGCUCUGCUGGUACCACUAAUCCACUG